UUUGCUUCUUUCCCACUGUGCUUCUCUCAAUACCAAAAUCAAACUUCUCUCUUUUUAUCGAACAAGAACAACUUGUUUUGGUUUCCUUCUAUUUGCUGCAAUGGGAACCUCUCUUCUUCGCUCCCACGAUUGUCUUCAUGGCCACAACGCAAUGCCCCUCUAUUCAUCUUCCAUUAGAUCACAAAGAAACCCUAACCCUAACCCUAAUCCCAAUCCUUCUCACACUCGCCGGCGGAAGCUCUACGACGGCGAUCGCUCCGGCAUGGUGGUGAAGGGCCCCGGCGCGAACCUCGUCAUGGGCCAAGUCAAGAUCCUGAAGAGAGGCGAGAAGUUAAGCCCCGACGACGCCCGCACCGCUUCCGACGAAGGUUUCGAUUUGGUCUUGGGAUCCACCAACCGCUUGGGGCCGGAUCCGAGUUCCGUUCCGGUCCCCGGAUUCCUCGCUCUGAGGCGGUGAUGAUGCGUUGCUUUUGGUUGAUUCUGUUCGGAUUUCGGCGAUCGUCGCACGCACUUGAGGCGUCACGUGAGGACUCAGGAGUGGUUGUUUGUUGGGAACUUUCUUGAUCGUUUGAUUCAAUCGCGUGGUAACUCGGAGCUUUCCUUUGGCCGUUGGUGCGAGCGAAUGGGGAAAAAAAUUCAAGGCGAAAGGGCGAGGCUUGUAGCGAUCAGGGUUUAACUUUUGGUGCCGUGAGGGAGGGUUUAGGUCACUGUUGAAGACAAGAAUAUGCUAUCCUCUUAUACAUUGUUAGUGUUGUUUUAGUAUUUGAAUUAACGCUUGUGUGUGUGUGUUUACUGCGUUGGGUAUUGCUUAUUGGAUGCGUUUGUGGUGUAGUUGUGAAACUUAAUGCAAUAAAAUUUAUAGUGCUGUACAUUAUUGUGUGA